AGUUCAAGGAGGAGUUGGAUAAAGUGGAGAGCUGGAGCCAUGCUUUGAAGGAAACUGCAGGAAUGGCAGGAUUGGUUUCAAACAACAUUAAGCCUGAGUCAAAACUAAUUGAAGAAAUUGUCAAUCAUGUUUUCGAGACGUUAAGUCGGGUAUUUUCUGAUACCGACCUAAUAAUAUUCGAACUCCAAGCAUCGCCUAACGAAUGCUAUGCUCGCCCAACGGGUCUCCAAAUCUCCCAUCGCCCAUGUCUGUCUCGGGCGGACUCAUCCAGGUCUGCCAUCUAGGCGACCUCAUCCACUCUGUUCCCUGACACCCACUACCCGGGAUAAUCGGGAACGUGCCUUCACCAUUAUCAAUAAUCGUGGGGCAAACCCACGAUUUACCAGAUAACCACCGCCUUAAACUCAUUAUAAAAGGAAGCCACCGAAUGCUGAGAAGGGUAAGCAAAAUCAGACUCAAAUACUCUUACAUUCACUUACCUACCAAAAAACCCUCUCUGACUUAAGCAUCGGAGUGGCUUUCAGGCUGAGCAAGCCUGAAGUCCUUUGAGCUUAUAUUUGUUACUUGUGCAGGAAAAACAGUACGGGCGACCCUUUAAAGAUCGACCUGUAUCAUUUGGUGCGGUGAGGGUGGAACUUAUUAGUUUCGUCGUUCCUUUUAGAUACUUUUCAGAAUUUGCUUUUUCAAGAAUGGAUCCCCCACGAGAUAAUACUCUACCAGCUACCAACCGAGAAGACAGGGAAACAGAACCACCGGCCCUAAAUCUGUUUCCCCCAACCAGCGAAGAAGGAGAAACCAGCGACCCCCUGGCGAUAAGACAGACGAUACCUCCGAUAGCCGUAGCACCUGAUGAAGAGCCAAUCAACAACCAAGCAAUGUUCAAGGCUUUCCUAGAAAUCACCAGUCUACUCAAAGACAUCAAACAGAGUAUCUCGUUAAAAUCGCCAGAGCAGGGAUCAGCGAAAUCACCAGUACAGAAGUCAACGUCAACCAUGGACAAGGGAAAAGAACCGAUGCGAGAGGAAGAUGCCCCUGAAAAUUCCGCAAGGAAACAAAAUGCCCCCAUCGUAAUUCCAGACGAAGAACGUUGGAUGGAUGAACAACACACCCUCAAAGGCGGAGAAGAGCAUCUGGAGGAAAAAGUUCGCCAAGUCAUGAGCAGGCUUGGAAUAAGAUGUGAAGACGUGGACAUCUCUCUUCGAAGUGACUCACCACUCGCAGAUUUCAUCAUCUCUCACGAAUUCCCUACAAAGUUCAGAUACCCCCCAAAUUUGGAGUCAUACGAUGGAACAGGCUGUCCCAAGAGCCAUAUUCACAAAUUCCAAGCGGUGAUCAAUGUUCAGACAAACUUGGAUCACGUACUAUGCAAACUUUUUCCUACUACCUUAAAAGGUCUGGCGCAGGAAUGGUACCAGAGUUUAAAGCCAGGAUCAGUGCUGACAUUCAAACAAUUCUCAGGACUUUUCCAGGCUAGAUUCGUAGCAUGCAUCCCUCAAAAGAAACUGUCCACAGAUCUGCUGGCCAUCAUGCAAUGGGAAGGAGAGACACUCAGGAAGUAUGUAGAAAGAUUCAAUAAGGAGGCGAUGCAGAUAGAAGACCUGAGCCAGGAGAUCGCCUACACAGCAUUACUCAAUGGAACUACCAACUCCGACCUACGAAAGGAAUUGUUGGCUAAAUCACCAAAAUCAUUUACCACACUGAUGACCAUCGCACAUACACAGAUCAGAGUGGAUGAUGGCCAAAGAGAGAUAGAGAAUCGCCUCGGACGGGUAGAAGAACGAACGUUUGCAGGAAGAAGAAAUGGGGACAGAUCGCCCAUAGGAAAGAGGUUCGGAGAAAAAGGCAACGACCAUUUCAGAAAUAAAAGGAAAAAAGACGAAGAUAGGCGAUAUACGCCCCUGAACACAACCAGAACCAACGUACUGUUUUGGGUAAAAGACAGCCGAGAGAAGGUCAGAUGGCCAAGGAAGAUGAACGCUGCAUCAGCCAGCAAAAGAGACAAUAGCAAAUACUGUGAAUUUCACAGAGACAACGGCCACACCACAGAUGAAUGCUGGCACCUGAAGGAGGAGAUAGAGAAGCUGAUAGAAAGGGGAUCCCUUUCCCAGUUCGUAAAAAGGGACACCGAAGCCAGAGAGACGGAAUCAGAAAGAAAGAAAGAGCGGAAAGAAGAAAUCGCCAGAAGACCCAGACCAGAGCCAGCAGGCGUGGUUAACGUAAUAAUGGGCGGAUCGACCGGAGGAGACAGCAAUACUACAAGGAAGAAAGCUGCAAGAACAGUCUACUCGGUUAGCCCAGGUGCACCGAAUGCUAAGAAAUUCAGAAGCGUAUCUUUUUCGGAGGUCGAUAGUCGUGGCUUAUCAGUCCCCCAUGAGGACGCCCUAGUUGUCAAGGGGCGACUCAACAAUUUCGAGGUAUCUCGAAUGCUCGUAGACACGGGAAGUUCGGUAAACAUGAUCACGAUGGAGGUGUUCGGCAGAAUUGGACUCAAGAAAGAAAAUUUGACACAUGUCUCUACUCCACUAGUGGGACUAGGAGGCAAAUCUGUACAGGUGGAAGGAUCACUGGAGAUAAACAUCCAACUGGGGGAUGGAGAGAUCUACAAAGAGAUCCGAGCAGAAUUCAUCGUGGUCAAUAUGGAUUUCGCAUACAACGCAAUUCUCGGAAGGCCACUCUUGCACGAUACGUGCGCAUCCAUUUGCAUGAGGUACCUACUGAUGAAAAUCCCAACCAGAGAAGGCGAUGCCGAAGUCAGAGGAUGCCAAAAGUCAGCCAGAGAAGCAUACUUUACAGCUCUCAGGAAAGUACAUAUAACCUUGCCAGUACUAACAAUGGAACCUCCAGAGAAGAAGGAAAGGGCGGAGCAUUAUGGGCGAACUGAGAAAAUCGAAUUAUCCCCAGGAAAGGAGAUAGAAGUGGGAGAUGAGCUAGAAAAAGAAAUCAAACGAUCUCUGACCGAAAACCUCAGAUCGCUUGGAGACUCCUUUGCCUGGACAACAGACGAAUUGAUCGGAGUAGACCCGGACGUCAUAUGUCAUCGGUUAAACAUAGCGACCGACGCGAAGGCAGUGAUACAAAAGAAGAGAAGGCACUCGCCCGAAAAACAACUCGCCAUCGCAGAAGAGGUCGCCCGGUUAAAAGCAGCAAACGUGAUCAAAGACGCCUAUUACCCCAAGUGGGUAGCAAAUGUGGUGAUGGUAAAAAAGUCCAAUGGCACUUACCGAAUGUGCGUGGACUUCACAGAUCUGAAUAAAGCAUGUCCCAAAGAUAGUUUCCCACUCCCACACAUUGAUCAGUUAGUAGACUCCACAGCAGGUCACGCCCUCUAUACAUUCCUAGAUGCCAAGGCGGGAUAUCACCAGAUACCCAUGGCACCUGAAGAUCAGGAGAAAACGGCCUUCAUAACGGACCAGGGAUUAUUUUGUUACAAGAUGAUGCCCUUCGGUCUGAAGAACGCAGGAGCCACAUAUCAGCGGCUGGUGAACUCAAUAUUCAGAGAUCAGAUAGGAAAACACAUGGAAGUUUAUGUGGAUGACAUGAUUAUCAAGAGCAUCCGAGCUGAAGACCACCCAACAGAUGUGAAGAUAGUCCUGGAGACGCUAAAGAGAUACCAGCUAAAACUCAAUCCGGAAAAGUGCGUAUUCGGAGUACCGGCAGGCAAGUUCCUGGGAUACAUGGUCUCUCAGAGGGGUAUCGAGGCCAACCCAGAUAAAAUCGAAGCGGUCUUAAAAAUGACACCGCCACGGAGCAUACAUGAAGUCCAGAAGCUCAACGGCCGGAUCACGGCUCUAGGUCGGUUCAUGUCCUGCUCGGCAAAACGAUGCCUGCCUUUCUUCAAAACCCUGAAACAGAUCAAGAACUUCACAUGGACCGCAGAAUGCCAGCAGGCGUUUGAAGAGUUGAAAAGCUUCCUAUCCUCGCCCCCACUGUUGGCGAGACCGGAUCCGGGCGACGUGUUAUAUUUAUACAUCUCUUGCUCUGACGAAACAAUAGCAGGAGUAUUGGUGUCGGAAAAAGGAGGCGAACAAUACCCGAUCUACUACAUUAGCAAAGUACUCAGAGAUGCGGAGCUGAGAUACCCGAAGUUGGAGAAGCUGGCGCUGUGCGUAUACACCGCCACCAUCAAGCUCCGACAUUACUUCGAAGGGCACCAAAUCAUUGUACGGACCGACCAACCAUUACGAAAAAUCCUCCAGAAGGCAGAGACAAGUGGACGCAUAGCAGAAUGGGCCGUCAAAAUAGGAAGUCUGGGCGUUAUCUAUGAAGCUCGGAAAGCACUGAAAGCUCAAGCACUAGCCGACUUCUUCGCUGAAUUAACAUUCAAAGAACCCAUGGAGGACAAAACGACUCCCUGGGAGAUGCACGUCGAUGGAGCAGUUUGCGGAGAAGGAGCAGGCAUCGGAGUCGUGCUCAAAGGACCAGGAAGAAUCCAAAUGGAAUACUCAGCAAGACUCGAAUUUCCAGCUUCCAACAAUGUUGCGGAAUAUGAGGCGCUGAUAACAGGGUUGCAAUUAUGCGAAGAGCUUAACAUCUCCGAAGUCCAGAUCUACAGUGAUUCACAACUGGUUGUGAACCAAGUCUCGGGGAACUUCGAAGUAAAAGAAGCUACGUUGAAGAAGUACGCCAAGCAGGCCAAAACCUUCUUUGCCGAUAAUGGGCGAUCCUGGUCGCUACAGCAAAUACCCAGAGCAAUGAAUGGAAGAUCAGACGAAUUGGCAAAGUGGGCAGCAACAAAGAAUUACGACUCAAUGAGAAACAUUCCUCAUGAAAUCAAACGACAGCCUAACUUUCAAGAAGAAAUUGAGGAAGGCGAAGUACUGAUGGUAGAAGGGGAAGAAAACUGGAUGUCCCCCCUCACAGCAUACCUGGCUAAUGGAAUACUCCCCGAGGAUAAGAAGGAAGCCAAAAGGAUAGUGAUACUCUCAUCAAAGUUCGGAAUAUACAACGGCCAGCUGUACAAACGGUCAUUCACCCAUCCCUGGCUAAGAUGUGUGAACAAAGAAGAAGGAGAGUACAUCAUGAAAGAAUUACAUGAGGGGACCUGCGGAGCACAUGACGGAGCAUCAACACUGGUCAGGAAAGCACUGCUACAAGGCUAUUAUUGGCCCACGAUGAAAGAACAAGCUACAACCCUAGUAAGGGGAUGCUGGCCGUGCCAGCAACAUGCCUUGGUACCAAGAAAGCAAGCUUCAGAAAUGAAACCCAUCGGCAGUGCAUGGCCGUUCGCCCAGUGGGGUAUGGACAUCCUGGGACCUCUCCCUUUGGCCACAGGACAACGGAAGUUCCUGGUAGUGGCAAUCGACCACUUCACCAAGUGGAUAGAGGCAGAACCACUGGCAAAAAUCACCCAACAACGCAUAACUAACUUUUUCUUUAGAUCUAUCUUGUGCAGGUUUGGAAUACCGAAGGUGCUGAUCACAGACAACGGAAAGCAGUUCGACUCAGCAAAGUUUAGAAAGUUUUGUGCCGAGUAUCAGAUCGACCUAAGGUUCACUUCGGUUUACCAUCCACAAUCGAAUGGGCAAACCGAAGUGGCCAACAGAAUCCUACUGGCCGGACUAAAAAGAAGACUAGACGAGUGCAAAGGAAGAUGGGUAGAAGAACUCUACAGCGUCCUAUGGAACUACCGUACCACCCCUAGAGAAUCAACGGGCGAAACUCCAUUCGCCCUAGCCUAUGGAACGGAGGCUGUAAUUCCUGUAGAGAUCGGCGCACCCACGCCAAGGACAGAAGACAACCAGCUAAACCUAGAAGAAAACGAAGAAGAGCUCAGGAACAAUCUGGAUCUCCUGGUUGAAAAAAUCAACAGAUCAGACAUCAGGAUGGAAGCCUACAGACAAAAGAUGGCCAAACAUUUCAACAGCCAUGUAAAGAAAAGAAAAUUCAAACUAGGCGACCUAGUCAUGCGAAAAACCGAAGUCAAAAAAGGAGAAGCAGGAAGUGGAAAACUGCAGCCAAACUGGGAAGGACCUUACACCAUCAGCGAGGUCAUUAAAGAAGGAACAUUUAAACUCACCAACUCCAUGGGAAGAAUCAUACCAAGGACAUGGAACGCCAACAACUUGAGAAAAAUUUAGUCACAAUGGGUCGCCAUCAGACAUGAUUAGUUAUUCCUUAAGAAGUAGCAUAAUUAGUCAAGCGGUGUUUAGUUUCAAUAUUGUAUUUCAAUUCCUCCAAGUGAUGUUUAAUCACAGCAUUGUGCUUCAAUUUCUACAAGUGAUAUUUCAUCACAUUAUUGUAUUUGAAUUUAUGCAAGUAUUUUAAUUUACCCUUGCUCGGACAAGGAAUUUCCACA